AUGCAAGACAGCUACCUCGCUGUCCAUUUUGUGGCAAACGGAGGCCCACCAGUCUCUGUGAAAGCCCCACCGAGGCGGAUAUUCGAAGCACCAGAUGUUAUAUUUCCCGUCGCUGAGCGCACAGAACUUGUGAAGGAGAUUUGUGAACGCUUAGAUUGCUUCGCGAUAGUCAGGAUAAAUGGUAUUCCGGCCUCAGGCAAAACCACCCUUAUCAAUCUCACAAUCAAGCAUUUGAUAGAAGAUCCUUGGACAGUCAUCAUGGAUAUCUAUUUAUCGAUGAAGCUCAGGAGUCAUAUGCUGAUAGGGAGCUACGGGCUGGAUUAUUCAAGGCUGUCGGACCAUUUUCGAAGUGUCAGGUUCACAAAAACCCCGAUGGUUUUCGAUCCAGCACAGCAGAUAUCCCCGAUCCCCGAUGAUACUAUGGCACCGGAGUUCAAGCCGGCUGGUCUACUCAUGAGUAAAUACGAGAGUAUGAAACUUGUAGAGGGUUGGAUGAAGCACCGCCUCUCAUCAAUAUCUACUGGAGUUGGAACAGAAGACUUCAAGUAUGGUGUCUGGCAGGUCACU